AUGUCGGAGGUAUUACUAUUAUUCUUGUGUUUUGUCCUAGGAAUAUGUAACGGCCACAGCCUUGAUUUUCAGAAAUAUCCAAGCCAGCCUUAUGAUUUUGGCUAUUCGAUUUAUGAUAAAUACGGCAAUCGCCAACACCGAGAAGAGAAGAGCGACGAGAAAGGUACUAAAAUCGGAUCAUACGGAUAUACAGACAGCUAUGGAAUAUAUAGACACGUUGAUUACAUCGCUGACGAGAACGGAUUCAGAGCUAUAGUUCGUACUAAUGAACACGGAACAGCAAAAGAAGAUCCCGCUGAUGUACACAUGUACUCCGAAAAUAGUGGAAGCCAAGCCAUUAAAACGGUGAAGAGUUCUAAAAGUGUGCCUAUAACUCAUGCCGUCGUACCUACUAAAGUGUAUUCUCGUAGUCCCAUGCAAGAAUAUGUUAAGAAACCUCAUAAAUAUGUACCGGUUUACGUACCUAAAUAUCAUCCACGUUACGUAUCUUCUCCAUUCAAGAGGAUACGCGAUCAGUAUUCAUACAUUAUUGCCCAAGAUCAGGCAUUACAAUCAACUCGUACUACUGAUCUUCCCUUGUAUAGGGAUAAGUGA